AUGGACGAUUAUUGGACAUCGGACGAGGAAUAUUCGGACAAGGAACUUCCUUUACCGACUGAAAUACUAAAGAAAGUAGGCAAUAGCGAUAAAGUCGAUCAAUUAUUGCAGUUAUAUGGGAAAAUCCCAGUACCUGGGUCAAUUCCUAUCGCCAAUUUGGACAACAGCCCGCAAAUUCAUAGGCCAAAUAUAGACUCAAGAACAACAGCAGAAGUCCAGUCAUUUGAUUUUGAUGAAUUUGACACUAACGUAUACACUUAUGACAAUGGAGCACCCGAGCUUUACAAUUUCGGAGGUCAAACAUAUAUUUCAGAUGGACUAAGAUUUAAAUCUAUCACAGAUAACAAACAUGAUUAUCCAAAGUGUCCCGAUGAAUAUAUAAAACAGCCAAAGGAUACAAAAUCUAGGCUGAUUAGACUCAAUUGGGCUGUCAAAGAUGAUGGCCCUGUUGUUGAAAUUCCAGAUAAUGAACUGCUAAUUGAAUAUCCGUUCAAACUAGAUGAUUUUCAGAAAAAAGCUAUAUAUCACGUAUCCAGAGGCAAACAUGUAUUUGUUGCUGCACAUACUAGCGCGGGGAAGACCAUAGUGGCCGAAUAUGCCAUUGCAAUGGCUCUUAGCAAGGGAAGAAAAGCAGUGUAUACUAGUCCAAUCAAAGCCCUGUCUAACCAAAAAUAUAGGGAAUUCAAAAACAUCUUUGAUUCGGUAGGUAUCAUUACUGGUGACAUAUGUUGCAAUCCAGCGGCAAGUUGUCUCGUUAUGACCACGGAAGUAUUGCGAAAUUUGCUCUACAGGGGCGACUCUUUGAUUGGCGAACUCGAUGUUGUGAUAUUUGACGAAGUACACUACAUUAGCGACUUAUCCCGCGGUGUAGUAUGGGAGGAAGUCAUCAUAAUGCUUCCAAAAGUAUUGCGCUUGCUAAUGUUAAGUGCUACCGUUCCUAAUUACAUGGAAUUUUCAGAUUGGAUAGGCCGUACAAUGCAAAGGGAGGUUGUAGCCAUUGUAACCAAAAAGAGACCUACUCCUUUGGUCCACUAUCUGCAUAUACACUCUAAGAACUUCCUAUUGUUCAACUCGGAUGGAUUCAAUCAGAAUGCUUACCACCAGAUGUACAAUUUUGCCAAGACCCUCAAGAAUAAGACAAAGGGGAAGGUACAACGGCCUAAGGCAAUUACACCCGAGGGGGAAAUACAAAAGCUACAGGCACUAAUAAAAUCUCUGGAACAGAAUGACAAACUUCCAGUUAUUUUAUUUAGCUUUUCCAGGGCUAAAUGUGAAACAUACGCCAAGUGUAUGCCAAAAUUGGACUUGUCCAAGACACAAUCUGAGCGGUCUAAAAUACAUCUAUUCAUAAAAGAGUCCCUAGAAACACUUUCUGAUACCGAUCGUAAUAUUCCUCAACUUAAGUUCAUUAUUUCAUUACUAGAGAGGGGGGUGGGGGUCCACCAUAGUGGGCUAUUGCCAAUUAUCAAGGAGAUUGUGGAGAUAUUAUUCAGCAGAGGGCUAGUCAAGGUGCUGUUUGCCACAGAAACCUUUGCAAUGGGCGUGAAUAUGCCUGCAAGAUCGGUUGUUUUUACUAGCAUAAGGAAACAUGAUGGACUGAAAAACAGGAUACUUACAUCAUCAGAAUAUACACAGAUGGCGGGCAGGGCUGGCAGACGGGGAUUGGAUUCAGUGGGCAAUGUAUUCAUUUUUUGUGUGGACAGCCCUCCAGAUCUACAAGACCUAACAAUGAUGUUGAUUGAAAAAUCAACACCGCUUAAAAGUCGAUUUAGAAUCACUUACAGCAUGCUGUUGCAAGUGAUGAGCAGGAAUCACAUGUCAAUCGAGGAAUUAAUGUCCAAGUCGUUUCUUGAAAGGAACAGGGCGAGAAAUAUGCCAGUGUACAAAAGGGAUAUGUUUCGCCGAAAAAGGGAGUUGGAAUCGAUUGGUGAGAUUAUAUGUCCAUUUGGUGCUCCUACUAUUGAGCAAUAUAUGGAUUUGCAACUCAAGUUUAGAGAGAUGUUAGUGCCCAUAACCAAAUUAUUGUGGAAUCCCAAAUUUAAUAUAAUAACGCCAGGACGAUUACUAAGGUUACAUUCCAUCGCAUAUGUCUCAUCUUAUUGCACAGGAGUAGUUGUUACAACUAAUGGUGACAGUUUAACAUGUUUAAUAACAUUGCCUAGCGAGUAUAAGAUUAAGGAUGGUGGAGAUGGAGUUGACAUUGUUUACUCUGCAUCACUGAUAGAUCAAAGUAUAUCAUAUUACCUAAUAAGGGGAAUAGAAGCUAAGUACAUAUCAGGGAUACUUGAUAGUUUCCUGGCGGAUGGGGCCCUCAAUGAUACAAUACAAAGUUUUAAACUCGACGGUUUCAAUACGGAUAUAUUAGAGCUCGUUGCCUUAAGUCUCGUGUCUUGUGAAGUGAGUGAUGAUCUGGUGGUACUUCCAAAGGAGUUGAAAAAUGUCCCUUUGGAUACAUAUGAACGGUUUAUUACAUUACGGGAAAUAAAUAGGAAAUUGACGGGCAACCAAUGUCACAAGUGCAGCAUGAGGGAGGAACACUUUGAAAUGUCACUCAACAGAGGCAACUGUCUAAAGGAGAUUGAGGAGAUAUCAUCUUGUAUAAAAGAAGAAUCAUUGGAAGCCUAUCCCGAGAUGAUGGCCAGGGUGAAUGUAUUGAAGCAAAUGGGGUUUUUGGAUUCGGAAAAUGUGCCCACGAUAAAGGGCAGGGUGGCAACGUAUAUAACAACGACAGAUGAGAUAACACUGACUCAAGUUUUGUUUCAAAAUAUUUUGAAAGAAUUGGACCCUCCAGAAUGCGCGGCCAUACUUUCCGCAUUUAUAUCAACAGAUCGGUGCAAUGAUGAGGCGCCAAUCCCAACUUUGAAAUUGCAGAACGCUAGGGACAAUAUAUUUGAAAUCCAUAGGAAAAUUUACAUAUUGCAGAAUUCACUAGGCAUCCACACGCCAAUUGAAGAUUUUGAUUUGCUAUGCAAUUUCAGCCUGUUAUUUAUUUGUUACCAAUGGGCUUGUGGCUCACCAUUUCCCGAAAUUAUGGAAAUGACGACCCUGCAGGAGGGGAACAUCGUCAGAGCCAUAAUCCGCCUGGAAGAAUUGUGCAAAAAGGUGGAGCACGUUGCAAUAUUGAUGCAAGAUGGGGAACUGGCAGAUAAGAUGCAAAAAACCUCCGACGCCAUACGCCGGGACAUUGUCUUCGCCACGUCACUCUACCUGAAAUAA